AUGCCAGGGUCAACAGUCUCCGACAAUGACCUGAGAAUGAAAAAGCGUAGUUUGGCUGGUAACGUAGCCCUUGGUUUGUACGUUUUGGCUUUAGUGUUUGUGUUCAUUUCAUUUUUUUCAACCAGUUGGUUAGUCAGUGAUGGGAGAAUCACAGGUGCAAAAUUAGAAAGUUUUGGAUUGUGGACUCAUUGUUUUCGUUCACUACCUGAUCCUAAUGACCCGGCGGAGCGAAGGUUUUUUGUUGGAUGCCACUGGAUUUUUGACCCUUUCACCAAGGGAUAUGAUGAAAUCAAAGGAUUUUUGUUACCAUUUUACAUAGUGGCAACUCAGUUCUUUUACACAAUUACAUUCCUUGGAACAUUAAUAUCAGCUGUUGGUUCAUCAAUGUUUCUUCUAUGUUGUACACCUGAUGAAAAACGUUUUAUACAAAUAACAUUUGCAUUGGGAGUAACAUUGAUUGUAUCUGGUGUAUGUGCUGCAAUAUCUGUGCUAAUAUUUGCUUUGUUUGCCAACCGUCCAGGUUGGAUGCCUGGCCACGACAACAACUUCUUUGGUUGGGCAUUUGGUGUAGCUAUUGCAAGUUUCUUUGCUUUACUUGGAUCUGGAGCAUUUUAUUUGGUAGAAACAAACAUACAAGUGAAAAAAAGAAAAUAUUUGAAAGAAUCACAAACUAAAUUUGAUAUGGAGUCCAAAGGAUAA